AUGGAUUCUCUUUCUAGAGGGCCAUUGCUAGGUGCCACGCGGCAAGUGGAACUCGGACUCCAUGGACUCCGCAGAUUCCGUGGACCUGGUCCAAUGCAUACAUUGGAUGCCAAGACUAGACCAUCCAGAAAGCUGUUGCAGUCCAGGUCUGGCAGCAUUGCUUGCGCCAUGGGUGCAGCUGCUUCAAGUGCAAAGCUGAAGGCCUCGAAAAACCGACCAACUCCCCGCGGCAAAGCGGAGGCCAAGGAUCCUCAGCAUUCCACCGCCCGAGAGCGCUUUGAGCAACGACGGAGACAGUGGGCACAGUUGUACAAGUCUGGCCAGAUGGAGCAGGAAUCUUCUAUGAAGCUGCAGGCAGAUGAAGAUGUUCUUUACGAACAGCAAGACGAGCGCAAGAACGAAGACCUCAAGGCGAAGCUUAGACAUCUCACAGAUCCAGGUGAAGUCGUUAAGCGUCUUUCUCGUCUGACUGGAGACCCAUGGGAGUUUGGAGUUGAGUGUCUCCUGUCCCUUGGGGAUCUUUCCUCAGCACGUGAGGCUGUUCUGGCUGCUAGGGAGCGAGUGCCUCGCAAGAAUUGGGCAGAGGCUUCUGUGCUGCUGGCAGACUCAGCUCUUAAGCUGGAGGAUUCAAACGAGCCAGUUGACCAGAAGUUGGCCGAGGAUCUCUUGGCAGCCUUGAUAGAGGCACAGCGACCAAGUCAGGCAUUGGAGGUUUUUUGUGCAGCUCGCAGUGACUGA